GGAGGAGUCAGCCCGCGGCGGCCGCCGCCGCCGCGUCGCCGCCGCCUCCGGCUUGCGGCGCCGAGCGGCGGCCGUACCACGUGCUGCUGACCGCCGCGUCGGGCACGUACCAGGAGUGGCAGACGCGGAUCGCAUACCACUACUACCGCCAGCUCAAGGCGGCGCAGCCGUGCAGCGACCUCGGCGGCGUCGCGCGGCCACGCGGCUUCACGCGGCUGCUGUCCACGCCGGACGGGCGGCCGGACGGGCUGAUGGGCGAGAUCCCGACGGUGCUGACCAAGCAGCUGGGCGCGGGGCGGUGCGACGAGUGCUCGCACGGCUUUGUGGUGAUGAACCGGCCGUGGUCGCUCCGGCAGUACUUCGCCUCCAAGGAGGCGGCCUCCCUCGCCGAGGACUACCUCUUCGUGAUCGAGACAGACCACCUGCUGCUGCGGCCGCCCCGCAACCGCGCGACCGAGGCGUCGCCGGUGGCGUUCGGCUUCUACUACAUGACGUACAAGUACGACGCGCGCAAGCUCGGGCCGGUGAUCCGGCGGUGGCACGACCCGGACGACGUCGACCCCGUCGGCCCGUCCCCGCUGAUUGUGCACAAGGCGCAGCUGCGAGGCCUGAUCGAACCGUGGUGGAGGCGAGCGGUAGCCGAGAGGCUCUGCCUCGAGCUCAAGCGGGACCGCGAGGCGGACCAGGCGCUCGGGUGGGUGCUCGAGAUGUGGGCGUACACCCUCGCCGCGGCGCGCACGGGCGUGCGGCACCAGGCGCACCUAGACUUCCCUCGCCCCUAG